CAUAAGUCUCUACACCCUGAGGAAACAAAUCAGUCAGUGCGCGUAGAUUUCUGAAAAAGAAAACGAGGAAGUGUUUGUGGAUAAAGCAAUUAUCGUUAUAUAUGGAUAAACGUUGAAAAGGACCAAGAAGCAAGAGGGACAUGUCCUCUGAUGAAAGGUACGGAGUGGCAGCUACUGACCUGAGAGGGUAUUCUGUCAGGGGCUUUCUGGACAAGAAGAGACCCAGUAAGAAACUGCUGUCUGUGAAGUACCAGAGAAGAUGGUGUGUUCUUCACGACUCCACGCUUUAUUACUUUGACGAUCCAAAAGACAGGAGACAAAAAGGCGCUUUUUCUCUUAUAGGUUACAGAUUUUGGCACGGAGGGACAGAGAACUCGUUUUCAUUGGUAGCAAGCGGGAAAAGAACAUAUGACUUUAUUUGUCCAACGAUUGAGGAUUUUGAGAAAUGGAAAGCUGCGAUUAUUGCAGUAACAGAAAAUGUCCCUUCCGGCCACGAAGUUUUCGUGAACAAGAAAUCCAACUAUGAGAAGUCCCCGUAUGACAAAGUGAAGGCCUCACCGUCCAUUGACCGGAAAGUAGUCCGGAAGCCCUCACUGACCCGGGAGAGCUCUGAUGACAGUAGCGAGGGCAUUGACCCGAUUCCUCCGGCACGACCCCCACCCAUCAAACGCCCACCCCAAAGACUCCCCGCGCCGCCGGUACCGAGAACAGUGCCAGGGAAAACCCCACUGUCCAAGAAGCAGUCUGAGCCUCGGGAUAUGUACGCCUCGGUCAACAAGGUCCACCUAAGUAGAUCAAACACCGCUAUACCCGUCCCUGUAGACAAACCAAGUGGUUGGGACGACGACGAUUUGGACGACUAUGACGUUGUGGACCGUCACCAGAGGUUCAGUGAUAACAGCAGCGAUUCCGAGGACGAUACUUACGCCCGCCCUGACAUGAACUUAGAACCAGUUUAUUCGUCCAUUCGUGACCACAUCGCACACCCCGACUCCUCGUCAGAUUCCGGUGGUGAGCCCCUGGGCAUUUACCGUUCUUCUCACUACUCCUCGGCAUCGGAGAUCGAGGGCCUCAGAAUAAGGACAACCUCGGGGUACGACCAUCCUUAUGACGUAGCGAGCCUCAAAAUACAGACCGAGCGGGUUUCUACAGGUGAACCAUCCUACCUUACAAGUGCAGACUUACAGGGCCCAAGGAAUGCAAGCAUUUCCGCCACCAAGAACGUGGAAUCUAACAUUGCCUCAUUGCUAGGUCUAGGUCUAAAUUUGAAGGACAAAGCCAAAACAGACUCGGACAGUGAUUCAAGUGUAGACCCGUACGUGGAAUUCGUCGGAGAGGGUGUGAUAAAGGAAAACAAACAACCAACAAAGAACAAGACCUCCAGAAAAAAGCGCCAUCAUGAGGAACCCGCGCUAAACAGUGUUCCCGAAGACCCGUAUAUGGAGUUCGUGGGCGAGGGAUUAAUGUGUGGGAAUGGAGACGGUGACGAGAAGGAUUCUACAGAGGAAGAAGGGCCCAGUGUGAAUCGACAGACUGAAAACAGGAAGAACGAAAGUGUAAAGAAAAAGCCACUGUCCUACCACCGCUCCCUACAGCUGGAGCUCAACAAGAAACUCGUCAAGCGCCUACACGAACCGGAGGAAGUGACGUCAGAAUCGAAAGAGUCUGGGCAGUCAGGAGACGAUGAACCGUUGUACGAGAACUUCCUACAGAUAAACACUCUAGAGACGCGGAGUCUGCCACGUGAUAUAAAGAUACCCUCCACACCUCCUAUACAGUCUCACAAACGAAAACAAAACAGUUUUGAUUCAAACACAGACAGCUCCAGUGAUGGCGAGCUUUUGCCCGCUCAGACUUGUUGUGUCGGCUCCGAAUAAUUUCAAUUGCAUGACUUUUUUUCACCCUUGAACAACCUCGUGUAUUUCUGUACCUUUAUUUAUUUUCAAAAGUACAUUGCAGUUGCUACAAUAAAUAAAUGUUCGUGUUUUAUU